CUGGCCUUCCUCCCCUUCCUCGUCACCCUGCUGAUCCGCUACCGGCACUACCUGGUGCUGCUGUACCGGGCGGUGCUGGUGAGCUGGCUGCGGGACCGGCUCACCGGCGUCCCGCGGGAGCAGCGCGCCUUCCAGUACCUGCUGGCCCACGCCAUCCCCGGGGACCCCCGCCACGUCCUGCAGACCUUCGACCAGUGGUGCUACCGCUGCGAGCACCUCAGCAGCGUGGGGCCCCUCAAAG